AACAUUUAAAAAAAAAAAAAAAAACAGAACAAAAAUGUAAUACUAGUGUAUUUGACUCUGUGAAACUAAUGCAUCAGGCUGGUUUGAUGGCAUUGGUUGCCAUUCCAAGUGCAUUCUCAGGGUGUUCAUCAGAAAUUUUUGAUGAAAUAUUACUCCUCCUGUGCUUCAUCCUUGACAAUAGUUAUUCCCAGAUGUAUGUACUGCCAAAAAACAGUGAGGUGAAUAAGACAUGACUGUAAAGUGAGGGAUAUUUUUCUUUGGCAAGAGAGGAUUCAUACAAGUUUGGUGAAGAGACAUUACCAAAUUUUUCUUUGAGUUGAAUGCCUGUUUGCAGCUCUAUGCAUUCCACUUGAAAAUUUGCAGGUAAUUUAUUUAUGUCAACCUAAAAAUGGGGUCAAAAAUAUACAGUGUAAAAAAAAUAUAUUUUUUUGAAAUCUUGAAACCUAUUCUCAAGUUCCUUUAUCAAAACAGAAAGCAUGGCUGUAUAUUUUCCACUGUUCAUUGGACUGUGUUUAGCCAGUGUGUCAAAAUGCAUGAAAUUAUUUGCAGUGAUUUGAGCUUGCCAUAAUUUAUGUUGCAUUUCAAAUACUGUUAUGGUUUGAAACAUGGCACAGAUAAGCUGAUUUUCACCUUGAAGAUGCAUGUUUAGCUCAUUUAAAUGAAUGGUAAAAUCUACCAAAAAUGCUAAACGUGUGAGCCAUUUUAAGUCUUUAUGUCCUGGCACAAAUUUUCCUUCUAAUUCCAUAAAGGACUGGAUUUCACUUUGCAAGUCAUAAAGUCUUUGCAACAUUUUGCCCCGACUUAGGCUCCUGCCUUCAGAAAAGUGAAUGAUGACCUCAUAAUCAGCAUCCAUACUUUUAAGGAACUGCUAGAACUGGUGACUCUGUCCCUUGGACUUUACAAAACUGACAGCUUUGAUGAUGAUUUAUGUGACAUUAACCAUUUUUAAAGCUUUUGCAUGUAAGUUUUUUUUAUGUCUGAUGAAGUGAUAUUUCAUCAGACCUGAACUGCUGAUGAGAAAGCAACCAGUGAGAUGAACACUGCAGAGGACUGGGGCCUCAUCUUAGACAUCUGUGAUAAAGUUGGACAGUCACGCACAGGGCCUAAGGAUUGUCUUCGUUCCAUUAUGAAGAGAGUGAACCAUAAGGAUCCCCAUGUUGCUAUGCAGGCUUUAACACUUCUAGGAGCAUGUGUAUCAAACUGUGGUAAAAUCUUUCAUUUAGAAGUCUGUUCAAGAGACUUUGCCAGUGAAGUAAGCAAUGUGUUGAAUAAGGGUCAUCCAAAAGUUUGUGAAAAGCUGAAAGCCCUUAUGGUGGAAUGGACUGAUGAAUUCAAGAAUGAUCCACAGCUUAGUUUAAUAUCUGCCAUGAUAAAAAAUCUGAAGGAGCAAGGAGUUACUUUCCCAGCUAUCGGUUCUCAGGCUGCUGAGCAGGCAAAAGCAAGUCCAGCCCUAGUUGCCAAAGAUCCUGGUGCAGCAGCUAACAAGAAAGAAGAAGAAGAUUUAGCUAAAGCAAUUGAACUGUCGCUAAAAGAACAAAGACAACAGCAAACAACACUUUCCAGUUUGUAUCCGAGCACCUCAAGCCUUUUAACAAAUCACAAACAUGAGGGCCGAAAGGUUCGUGCGAUCUAUGAUUUUGAGGCUGCUGAAGACAAUGAAUUAACCUUUAAGGCUGGAGAACUUAUAACUAUCCUUGAUGACAGUGAUCCGAAUUGGUGGAAAGGUGAAACUCAUCAGGGUAUAGGACUGUUUCCAUCUAAUUUUGUUACAGCUGAUCUUUCUGCUGAGCCAGAAAUGAUGAAAGCUGAGAAGAAAACAGUGCAGUUCAGUGAUGAAGUUCAAGUAGAAACAAUAGAACCUGAGCCUGAACCAGUUUAUAUUGAUGAAGAUAAAAUGGACCAGCUCCUGCAGAUGUUGCAGAGUGCAGAUCCAACUGAUGACCAGCCAGACCUCCCAGAAUUACUUCAUCUUGAGGCAAUGUGCCACCAGAUGGGACCCCUCAUAGAUGAAAAAUUAAAAGAUAUAGACAGGAAACAUUCGGAACUUUCAGAGCUCAAUGUUAAAGCAAUGGAGGCUCUUUCUUUGUAUAACAAAUUGAUGAAUGAAGACCCAAUGUAUUCCAUGUAUGCAAAGCUACAAAACCAACAGUAUUAUAUGCAGUCAUCCGGUGUUUCUGGCUCUCAGGUUUAUCCAGGGCAACCUCAAGGUAACGCAUAUUUGGUGGCAGGGAGUGCACAGAUGGGCCACAUUCAAGGCUAUAAUCUUCCUCCUGAACAACUCUCUUCUCUCAGCCAAGGCACGGUUACUCCAUCUGCCAGUUCAGUACUACCUGGUCAGCCUGCACAGACGUCAUACACAAAUGCAAUGGUUGGCUCUGUUGCUGGAAAUACUUACUCUAACCAGGCUUCAGUGUAUAGUCCACCACCUGCUGCUGUUGAUGUUGCUGCUUAUCAGAAUGCUGGAACUAAUAUGUCCCAGGUGCCAAACUAUAACUUAGCAUCUACACCUCUGCCACAGACAGCAGGCAGCCAACAAGCACCUCCACAGCAAACACAGCCUCCACCUACUCAACAGCCACAGCAUAGCUAUUCACAGAAGGCUCUGCUAUAGGAUCCGGGACUUCUGAUUCCUAAUCUUCUUUAACCUCUGCUAAAAGCAGUUGACAGUGCUUUGAGUUUCUUCCUUUAAUCUCUUAAACUUUGUUUAUCUUCAGCUUAAUAAGAAUCUAUCUUGGUGAACAAGUUCAAUUUGCACUGACUUUUUAGGAUUUUUUUUUUUUAAUUUUGCAGAGGAAUGGAUAUAUUUAGAACACUUAAUUCCUUUUAAAACGGCUAAAAAUUGGUACAAGAUUAUUUAUGUAUGGUAAAAUUGGCUAGUCUGUGAAAACCUCAACACUUGCAAACUGUUGUGGCAUAUAUGUUAUGUACAUAUAGUGUGUGAUUGCAGUAGUGGCCAUUACGUAUAGCUAUGGUGAUCAUGUGAAUAUAUUUAACACAAUGUUAAAAAAUAAUUUACAUAACUAUUUUAUUUUAAUCAUGAACUGACAACCAUGUUUCAUAGUUUUAUCUAGUUUUAUGACAGAUGUGAUGUCUUUUUCCAAUACAGGACAAGUGGUAACUCUGAAUAUCAUGGUUACACUUACAGAUUAAGGUCUAUACAUGAAUUCCAAACUUAUCCAAGUCUAGGUUUCAUUACUUCCUGAAUUGAACACAAGUGUGUCAUGACUAUUAGAUGGCUUUAUCUACCAAAGCAAACUAGACAGCUAGUAAAUGAUCUGGGGGAUGAUAACAACAAGUUGUGAUUCUGCUUCACAUACAAUUAAUAACCUAAAACUACUAUUCAGAGGCUGCUAAACAUAUCAUGGGACCACGCAACAGAUCAGGAUCUUGCAUUUUGUCAUGAAAAGCACAUAAUUUAUUUUUUUCCAAGUCGAUUUUUUUAUAAUGACAACGAGAACUGUAUUCUAUGUGUGUUGGUAGAGAGUACACCAAAGACAGAGAGAAAUUGAAUUGGAGGAGAAAUGGUGGAGUUAUAAACUGGAACGUGCAACAUGAAUAACACAACUUCAUUCAAGUCUUCUUAAUUAGAGAAUUAAUGGAGAAUUAUGUACAUUUAAAUCACUUUGCUGAAGAACCUUCAGGGCUUUAUUUGAUCUCUUGUGGCCUUGCUUAGCAAUUUGUUCUAUUUACUGUUUUUACACAAACACUUCUGCCUUAAACAUCUGUUAAUUUUUCAAUUUCCAGCUGUUCUGCCAGUUAAGUUUAUUAGUCCUUCUAUAGUGUGAAUAGAUAAGGCCUCUUAAUUUUGUUGACUUUCAAAUUACUUUGAAUUUUCUUCUGCAGCAACGUGCAUUAUUUGGAACCCUUGCAUUUCUUAGAAACGUAACCAGGUGUUUUUUUUUGAGGCAUAAUAUUUCCUUUCUGCAGUUGUGGUGCUGCAAAAGGAUUUUGGUAAUGGAAAUGGAAUUUUGUUAUGCCUGAUCAGACUUACUUGUACAAGAAUUGGUGUUACUUUGCAUUCUGGUUUCCUCUUACCUUUUCUGAUGACUCUCAUUCCAGUUAGAGCAAUACUAGGUGGCUUCAGCAUCAAAGCUGUGUUUCUGGUCUCGUUAAUGUAUGUGCCAGAAAUUGUUUGCUUUUGUGUACUGUAUUUUAGUGUGAUGCUUCUGGAAUUAAAUGUUGCAAUUGUUCAUUAUAAUGUAAAUUAACCUUGGUAAUCCCUUAUACUCCUGCUCUGUAUGUUACUUAACAAAUCUUUGUUUCACCUGUUUAGUAGAGCUGGUGUUCUGCCUCUUAAUCCUUUUGGAUGGCUGAUUUGCCUAACUUUGUAGCCAGAGUGGUUACAAAACGUGGCCCCGAUGUGUUCCAGUUGGUGAUUUUCUAGCCAGAACAGGUUGUUUCAAUACUGGAAUGUUCAUGUUUUGUUUGGUUUUUUUCUUUCUCCAGAAUUCUUAAGCACGCUCACAGACUGUUUGUAUUUGGUGUUAGCACAAAAGUCUGUGGAAUUUGGAAGGUAACACUAACAACUACAAAAAAAAAAAGGGGGGGGUGGGGAGAUAAAAUUCCAAGGAUUUGUAUAAUAGAUCAUUUUUAAUAGAUUGAAGAGUGGUUUUUUGUAGAAAGGACAUGUAGUGUCAUUUAGAUAGUGUUCUCUGCAUGCUUUAGCUGUCUUACUGAGAAGCAGAGAAGCAGUAUUUAGAAGUGUGCAAUUUCUACCAGAAAUGUAAAUAACCUCCUACUCCAUACUCCUUGUGCCCUGAUUCAAGGAGGAGCAUAAAGCAUUGAGAUAGCCCAGCUGACUUGAACAAUUCACAUUCCUAGUCUUUCAUGGAUCAGUUGACUUAAAAAAAAAAAAAAAAAAAAAAAAAAAAAAAAAAAAAAAGUUUUCUUUGACCACAAUUGGUGCUGAUUUUAGGUUCAGUCUUAGCAUCCCAAUUUAUUUUUUCAUUUCAGAUGCAGUUUUCAGACCAAGCUGAUUUUGGAGCUGUAUUGCUUCAUGGUUGUUCUGUUUCAUUAACCAGGAAUUAUUAUUUUGCCUUCUCACAUGGUUGCAUCCCUUGAUUUACUGCUUUUCAGUUACACUUCCUCCUACUUUGCUACAUGCUGUCACUGCACUAAUUCCUUCACUUAUCUUCUAACUGGUAUUCAGCAAUUAUAUUUCAAUUCACCUUUCAGUCAGUUUAGUAUCAUCUGCCUGAAGAUGUCAUUUCUGGUUUUCCCUGAUGUGAUCUGUUCAGUUUCCUUAUUUAUGCAUUGUUUUGAUGAAUUUCAUGUAUAUUCUGUCUUACUAUGGUAUUGAACACUGAAUAUGGGUGAGAGAGGGAAAGAACAUGUACAGCUGCUGUGUGGAAAAGCUUCUUAGCAAAGAACUUAAGUUUCAAGAAGUUAAUCUGUCUGAAAGUUCAGAAUCCCUGGAAAUGACACAUCAUUUUUGUUCUAACAGAACACCUAAUUUUUGAAUGUAAAUUGACAAUGAAAGGCUGAAGUCUUUUCACUGCAUUUCGUAUAACCCUUUGUUGUUUAACGUUUUUAUUAAGGAAUACAGAAAUGUUAAUUAAUGUCAGAAGGGGUAUUGUAGUGGCUUGGUUUUCAUGAACUGGAGCAAAAUCUGAAAAGUGCCUUCUGUGCAUUUCUCAGCUAAAAACAAAAUUUGUUUACCUGUGUGUAUCAUUUCAAUUUAUGUGGACGUAACACAGAUGUAAAGAUUUACUGUAAAGCAUCCCAGGAAGAAUACUGAGGUCAGCGUGUUAAAAUUUGAUUUGCUACACUGAUGUUAUGGCAGUAUAUUCAGGAGUUUGCAGUUGAAACAUCAGCUGCCACAUAUUUACCCACUUAUGUUUAGUAACUGUUACCUGUGUAGAUGUGUGUUUAAUGUCAGAAGACAGAAUACCUGUACAGCAGUAAAACAACCAUGAAGAACAAGAUAGAAGUAUCUACUUAGCAGGUGUGGAGCAGCAUAUUGCCCUCCUACAGUGACUCUUCAGAAGUUUUGAAGGGGGACCUGAAAUGAAUUUGAGUAACCAGAACUUCAUAUGAUUUUGUCAGAUUGCUAAUGCUUAGAUAAGAGGAAAUAAAUCCGCUUUUAAUAGCAUGGACAUAUUUUGCUGAUCAAAUCUAGGCUGCUAUUAUAGUUCUCUGAUUUCAUCUAGAUGACAGGAACAUCAGAUUUACACUGGAGAACUGCUUAAUACCUCAUUCUCCGAUUAAUUUUUUUUAGUAUUUUCUCUAAUAUCACUUACCUUUAUUUUUUCACUCUCAUUUCAAAGGUUUCUGUGCAGUCUUCACUUGUGAGGGUCUUACUUUAUUCCUUGUCUGGUGGGUUUCACAGACUGAAUAGAAAAGAAUGUCUCUAAUUACCGUGGCUACAAUGGCAUUUUGAAUUACGUAUCUGCAGUUUCCUGUGGAGAAGAUGCACACAUUGGUUUUGAAUAAUAAGGGAGCAUAAUUUUUCCAUUUAAAAAUCAAGAGGAGUUUUUUCAAAAAAAAAAAAAAAGCAAAAUAAAAUCUACAAAAAUGUCCACUGUUAGAAGGCAGGCGGAAUCAUUUUGUAUUCUUCUAUUCCAUGUUAAUAAAGCCAACCAACUUCACACUACAGGUACUCCUUUUUCCUUUUCAGCUGCAAUGAAGAAUAUUGACUUUGAUGUGUAUGCUAUCCAACGCCAUAGUAAAACUUUGGAAGGCCCUGAAAUUUGAACUUUUUGCUUCAAUAUGUAAAAACACUAUGUAAGCCCUUAGAAGCCUUGUUUCUGGAGUUAGGAUAUUUGUAUUUAAAAACAUUCCAUUUGCUACUAUAUAUAGCUGCAGAUCAAUUUUCAUGCUGCUACCUUAGCAAAAGGUAGGAGUUUUUGUUCCUCUCACCUGCAUGUGCUUCUGGAAAUCCAAAUAAUUUCUGUCUUUGUCAUGAAAAAGAAAAGGAGCCUGCUGAAGUCUGUUCUGGUUGUAAUAAAGUGUACACAGUAGCAAAGUACAUUUUUGGUUUGUUUUGUUUUGAUGCUCCCUUUGAUGAUGGCAUAUGUAUAUAUUUAGAUAUACUGCACUGUUGUACAAGAAUUGUUUUAGUAAAUAACACUAUUUGUAAAAACUGUUAAUUGUUUUUGGUAUGAAUGCAAAAUAUUAAAGUUGGAGUAUUUAGUUCAUUAUGUUGCAAACUCAAUUCAUAAAUUGCAGGGAAGAGAGCGAUAAGAGAAAGGACUCGGAUGCAGUGGGCAAAGUGUGUUGAAAGUACUCUGAAGACAAACGUUCUGAUUUCUUGGGGAGUCAGCUGUUGGUUUUCUGCUGUGUUUUGCUGCUGCUGUUGUAUGGCACUUGCAUGUAGAUUAUGGUAUUUUUGCUUGUCAAAUUCUUCACUCGUGAUUAACUUGUUUCAGUUACACUCCAAGUAAUACUCAGUGCUUCUUUCUUCAGUUGUGCUGCAUAUCUCCUUUUGUUGUGGGAAAUACAGCAUGAAUACUUUAGUGUUGGUAGCAAACAAAUGAAAUCAGCUGUAUCUGUGAAGUGUAAUGUAUAUAUUUGUGUACUGAUCGAUAAACAAAUACUACCACAGCCUAACAGCUAGUUUACAGUUGUAGUGGAAAUGCAAGUCACAGCUUGAACCAGUGAUUGAGCACCUGUGGGAAGGCAGGGCCAGCCCAGGGGAGCUCAGGUGCAUGCAGUAUAACUGAGUGACCGGAAGGGGUGCAGCCAGGAUCCACCCCUUCCCAGACCUCAUUUAAGGAUUGGUAGUGGAGGUGAGGCUAUCUUGCUGGAGGUCUGUGCUUACCCUGGAGUUUCCCAACCUGAGGCUUUUCAAAGAUAAGUUUUUUUUCCUUUUGGUGUCUGCAGCUGCUGCAUUUGGGCUUAUCCUCACUGGCUGUAGCCUAGGACUUUGCUACCUUGCUGUGCUUUCCAUCGCAUUGUAGUGUUACAACAGUUAUUAUCAGGAAUUGAAUUAAUUGUCAAAUAGUAACACAGAGUAGCCUAGUGUUGGGUUCCUUGAUCUGUGUUUGAUCUGUGACUAUUCUAAAACAAAGCUGUUUUCACUCACGGUGCUUGUUGUGAUCUGUGUUUUAUCUGAGAAACAAAUCAUAAGCCUUUGUGAGAGAAUGUGGAGAA